UUUCUCUAAAAGACUCUGCAUUUUGUAAUAACUAAAAAGUAUAUCUUACUUGGUGGAAUCACGGUUCCUUUCGAUCUAAGAAGUCUCUUUCGUAACGCAAAAGACGAUAAAUCUGACCGGGAAGUCCAACACGGAAGAUCAUCUCUGACUGGGGUUGUGAUGAGUUAUUGUUGAGGUCAAGGUCACACCACAUCAAGUGAGCGUGUUUGAGUGAGAGAGAUUCUUGCUUCUAAUCAACAAAUAUCAUCAUGAGUAAAGCCCAUCCACCAGAACUGAAGAAAUACAUGGAGAAGAGGCUUACAUUGAAGUUGAAUGGAGGGCGAUCUGUGACUGGAAUCCUUCGAGGAUUUGAUCCCUUUAUGAACCUUGUAGUGGAUGAGAGCACUGAGGAGACAAAAUCUGGGGAGCGACGUUCCAUAGGCAUGGUGGUUGUUCGUGGAAACAGCAUUGUUUUGCUAGAAGCUCUUGACAGAGUAGGAUAAUGAAGCCACUUAAAAAUCAUUUUCUUUCAUUUGAUUUUCUCAUUGUGUAUGUUAUCACCUGUCUGCAUUGUCAGAGAGCCUUCAUUUUAUGGAUGUAGGAAAUGUGUGAAACUGUAAAAGCAACUUGUUUGUUAUACAGAGUGAGUAUUGAAUAUGUUGGCAGCAUUUAACAUUUAUCUUUGUAAAUAAAGAGUCUCCAUGAUUUUUUUUUUUUUUUUUUGGUGUGUGUGUGGGGGUAGUCAUGUUUAAAGACAAUAAAAAUAACAUUUAAAAGACAUGGAUACAUAAUUCUGUCAUGCAAUAAUGAAAAUCUUAUUUAUACCAGGUAGAGCAGAGAAUCUCAAAAAUAUUUAAAAAAAAUUGAUUUCAGAAGUGACAGAUGCAAUUCUGCCUGUACACAGUCUCCCCCCCCCCCACCUUUUUUUUUAAAUUUUUUUUUUUGAAAAGUUACCUUCAAGUUUUCUCAUUAAAAUUGCAAUUACGUUCUAAAGUUAAUUCCACAAAAAAAAAAAUGUUUUGCAAAUUUACAGUUUUGCUUUGAAGCUUGUAGUGUACUUCCACCAUCACCCCACCCGACCUCACCCUAAAGAUGUAUACCUCUGUGGCUAGAAUGUAGGUUCUACAUUUGGGAUUGAUGUUUUCAAUAAGUGGAUUGGCAGUGUUAUAUGCAUCCUAAUACAAUUUGUCCUGAGGAUUGCUGGUGUGAUGUUUCUGUGUAAGAAUAUCCUGAGUAAGCUCUGUAUCCAAUUUACCACAACAGUUGCACGCUGCGAAUGUCUUGGAACUAACCCAUAGCAAAAGUCCUGAAAGACAAGGUUUUCCUUGAAGUCAAUGAAUGGUUAUUUAAAAUAGCAUCAGCUUUUGUCCUGAAAAUUUCUUAGUUUCUUGUGAUCUCAACAAAUUGCAGAUUGAUUUAUAAUUUCCUUUAUAAAGAAGUAAUAUGAGAGAACCUUGUAAACAAGAAAGAGAUUAAACUGAAUUUUUGUGUGAA